AUGAUUCUGCAAUUCAGGGCUCUCGGGCUAGCGGGCAACCGCCUCGACCGAUCCAGAAUCGCCUACUCAUGUAAGAAUAUGAAAGGAUUGACAAAGAAGCAGAUUCGGUUCUGCCGAAAAAAUCCGGAUAUGAUGGAUUCGGUACGAUAUGGCGCCCAGAAUGCUUAUGCCGAAUGCCAGUACCAGUUCAAUAAGAGGAGGUGGAACUGCACCCUUAUAGAUCCCACUACUCUGGAAUUAAUUAGUGACGUAAUGCUACGGGAUGGCACCCGGGAGUCAGCGUUCGUCCAUGCGGUUUCAGCUGCAGGAGUCGCUUAUCGGGUGACGCGAGACUGUGCCCGAGGGCUGAACGAGCGAUGCGGAUGCGAUCAAUCGAUGUUGAACAUCGAUCCACAGGUUCGCACCUACGACUAUCAGGGAUGUUCCGACAACGUGCAGUAUGGUAUCGCUAUUUCACGAGAAUUCGUUGACGCCGCCGAACGAGGCAAAAAUGCCACACAGCGAGCGAUUCUGAAUCUACACAACAAUAGAGCAGGGAGACAGGUGGGCAUACGAAAAUUCUAUACGGUUCAAGAGGUUAUCUCGAAGUCCAGGACGUGUACAAGCUUUACCCCGGUGAGGCGGAGGUGGUCAAGGGGGUUGCAACCUAAAGUCCUGGAUAGUGUUUGGUUACUUGAAUCUCUUCAAGCAAAUGUUCCUAUUCUCCGGAACAUGGCGGCAGACUUGUCCCGGAGAAUAGAAAUGCACGACACAGGAAACUAA